CACGAGCCCUCGGGCGGAACUGCCUUCGAGGAAGGUUAAGCCCAGGAGCUCCGAGCCUCUUACUCCAAACCAUAGUCGGUUCAGGUGUUUUCUCUCCAAACCCUGCGCCUGGCGCGGAUCAUCCGCGCGGCCGGGCGGUGAGCGUGGGGUGCCUGUCGCCCCGUCGGAGUGGCAAACCAUGGCCGGCUGCUGCUGUCUGUCUCCGGAGGAGAAAGAGUCGCAGCGCAUCAGCGCGGAGAUCGAACGGCAGCUUCGCCGCGACAAGAAGGACGCGCGCCGUGAGCUCAAGCUGCUGUUGCUGGGAACUGGUGAAAGUGGGAAGAGCACUUUUAUCAAGCAAAUGAGGAUAAUCCAUGGGUCUGGCUACAGUGAUGAAGACAGAAGGGGCUUCACGAAGCUGGUUUACCAAAACAUAUUCACCGCCAUGCAAGCCAUGAUCAGAGCAAUGGACACCCUGAGAAUACAAUACGUGUGUGAGCAGAAUAAGGAAAAUGCCCAGAUCAUCAGAGAAGUGGAAGUAGACAAAGUCUCUGCACUCUCCAGGGACCAGGUGGCAGCCAUCAAGCAGCUGUGGCUGGAUCCGGGAAUCCAGGAGUGUUACGACAGGAGGAGGGAGUACCAGCUGUCAGACUCUGCUAAGUAUUACCUGACUGACAUUGACCGAAUCGCCAUGCCCUCUUUCGUGCCAACACAACAGGAUGUGCUUCGUGUUCGAGUGCCCACCACCGGCAUCAUAGAGUACCCAUUUGACUUGGAAAACAUCAUCUUUCGGAUGGUGGAUGUUGGUGGCCAGCGAUCUGAACGACGGAAAUGGAUUCACUGCUUUGAGAGCGUCACCUCCAUCAUUUUCUUGGUUGCUCUGAGUGAAUAUGAUCAAGUUCUGGCUGAGUGUGACAAUGAGAACCGUAUGGAAGAGAGUAAAGCCUUGUUUAAAACCAUCAUCACCUACCCUUGGUUUCUGAACUCAUCUGUGAUUUUGUUCUUAAACAAGAAGGAUCUUUUGGAAGAGAAAAUCAUGUACUCUCAUCUAAUUAGCUAUUUCCCAGAAUACACAGGACCAAAGCAAGAUGUCAAAGCUGCCAGGGACUUUAUCCUGAAGCUGUAUCAAGACCAGAAUCCUGACAAAGAGAAAGUCAUCUAUUCUCACUUCACAUGUGCUACAGACACUGAGAAUAUCCGCUUUGUGUUUGCUGCUGUCAAAGACACAAUCCUCCAGCUGAACCUUCGGGAAUUCAACUUGGUGUAAAUGGUGUGGUGCACUCCUCCCAGACAGAGGGUGAUCUCAGCUCUUCCCACCUGUUCCACAAGUGCUUCAGACCACCUGGGCCAGGCUCCAAGGACAUUAUGUAGCCCAUAAGGACAGAGAUGGGUAGUGUAACUUGAAAGAGAUUUGCUUUACCAGCCCUUUUAAGUCUCUUUAAUUCUUGAUCGUCUUUUCUUUUCUUACUGUUUGGAUAUAAGGUCAGGCAUAAAUUUUGAGUUUGGUAGUUUAUAGAAUUUUAGAAGGCCACUGUGAUCCCCCCCUUCUUUUUUAAACUAUAAGUGUUCAACAGCUAUUAAAAAUCACAUAACAGAGGGGACUUGUUAAUUUACAGAUCAUGCCUUCAGACCUCUAGGAUUGAUUUGGGUGACUAAAACAUCUUAAUAAGCAUGAUGGUUUUUAAAUAAACCUUAAAAGACAUUUCUAACAUUUCUUCCCCUCAUCAAACAUUCUAUCACACAAUCAAAGACUUCUAUGCCCCACCUCCUUUGUUUUAAUUUUUUUCAUUUUAAAGAUAGGGUCUUAAGUAGCCCAGGCUGGCUUCCAAUCCACAUCUGCUAUGUAAUUGAGUAUGGCCUUGAUCCUAAUGCCUGGACUUCCCAAGUGUGUUGGAACUGUGGGUGUGUGCCACCAUGCUCAGCUUUUUUUUUCCUCCCUCUUUCUGUGACAGCAUCUCAACUAUCCCAUGCUGGUCUCAAACAUACUAUGCAGCUGAAGAUGACCUUGAAUUUCUGAUUCUCUUGUCUUCAUAUACAUAACCUAUUUAAAGCAGGAGAGUUUUCACUCUAUUGCUAAUUAUUCCUGACAUUAAGAGGUCUUAAACUGUAUGAUUUUGACAAUGAUAUUUACAGGUUAGUAAGUGUUGGAAUGUAUGUGCCACCACUGUCAGUUUAUGUGGUGCUUGGGAUGGAACCCAGAGCUUUGUGCAUGCUAGGCAAGCAUUCUGCCAACUGAGCUAUACCCCCAGCAAAGAUUUCUUUAAAAAAAAAAUUAAUUCAUGUCAACUUUCUAAACCAAAUUAAUAUUAUCCCAAUAUCUAAUUUUGUCACAAUUUGGUGGUGAAGCCAACACUGAGAUAGAUGAUAAAUGGGCUCUAGAUAGUGCAUGUGUGUAUCUUAAUGCAUAUGGCCAGGUCUUAUAAACUUAUGGAAUGGCUAAAGCAUAACUUGUUUAACAAAUGCCAUGUAAGCCUUGCCAAAACUUUGAUGGUAAUCACAAAUCUGCUAUGUUUGAACUGUGUAUGCUGUGCCUUUCUGGAUAUUGAGAAUAUACUGUUCUACCAGCA